AUGUCCUGGGGCGGCUUCAAAAAGUCGCUCAACCGCGCCGGCACCACGCUCAUGCAAAAGACGGGCCAGGUGGAGCGCACCAUCGACAGCGAAUUCAGCGAAGAGGAGCAGCGAUACAGGUCCAUGGAGCGCGAGAUGGUCGCGCUCCAAAAGGAGGCCAAGGUCUACCUCGACGCCAUGCGCGGCCUCGCUUCGGCACAGGCACGCAUCGCAGAGACCGUAGACGGCUUCUACACCGACUCGAGCGACGCAGCCAUGGCCGCAAACGCCUACAAGCGCGCCGUCGAGGAGCUCGACACAAAGACGGCGCGCGAAAUCGACGCCCCCUACCGCGCCACCGUCCUCGAACCCAUCGGCAAAAUGUGCAGCUACUUUCCAGAGAUUAACAAGACGCUCGAAAAGAGGAACAAGAAGCUGCUCGACUACGACGCCGCACGAUCUCGACACCGCAAGCUGAUCGACAAGCCAAGCGACGACCCAAUCAAGCUGCCCAAGGCGGAAAAGGAGCUGGAAGACGCGCGGUUGAUAUUCGAGGCGUACAACGACCAGCUGGCCGAGGAGCUGCCGCAGCUCCUCGACCUGCGCAUCCCCUACCUCGACCCGAGCUUCGAGGCCAUGGUGCGCAUGCAGGCCAAGUUCGCAGAAGAGGGCUACGAGAAACUCGGCGGCGUACAGCGCUUCUUCCGCGAGGGCGUGCGCGAAGAGUACGCAGAGGGUCAGCUCGAUGCACAGGUCGAGGGAGUCCUGCAGGAGAUGCGGGAACUGGCCAUCUGCGGAAUCGGACAGUAG